GGCUCCUCCUCUCCUCCGCGUCCUCCUCCUCGCCCUCCUCCGGCUCAGCAGCCGCGCGCCUAGCUGCACCACCUCCCAAACCCGGGCGCCCGCGGAGAUGUUUAACCGCGCGGUGAGCCGCCUGAGCAGGAAACGACCGCCGUCCGACAUCCACGACAGUGACGGGAGUUCCAGCAGCGGCCACCAGCACCCCAAGAGCACAGCCAAAUGGGCGGCCUCUCUGGAGAAUCUGCUCGAAGACCCAGAAGGCGUGAAAAGAUUUCGGGAAUUUUUAAAAAAGGAGUUCAGUGAAGAAAAUGUUUUAUUUUGGCUAGCAUGUGAAGAUUUUAAGAAAACGCAAGAUAAGAAACAGAUGCAGGAGAAGGCGAAGGAGAUUUACAUGACCUUUCUGUCCAGCAAGGCCUCGUCCCAGGUCAACGUCGAGGGGCAGUCCCGGCUCAAUGAGAAGAUCCUGGAGGAGCCACACCCCCUGAUGUUCCAGAAACUCCAGGACCAGAUCUUCAACCUCAUGAAGUACGACAGCUACAGCCGCUUCUUGAAGUCGGACCUGUUUUUAAAGCACAAGCGCGCCGAGGAAGAGGAAGAAGACCCUCCCGAUGCCCAGACUGCGGCGAAAAGGGCUUCCAGAAUUUAUAACACAUGAGCCCCCAGAGAGCUGUCAGGGCUGGCAGCUUCCGGGACGCAAAGGAACUCACUCUCAGGAUUGUGCAGGUUUUCCAGCUGCUUUGUUACCUGCAAGGACCGAAAUGUGCAAAGCCCACCGACGGGAUAUGUGUAUGUCAUUAACUGCUUGACCAGUCCGUGUUGCAUGAUGGCUUAUCUUACAUAAAAAAAAACCCCAACAACAAAUAGCUUUGAAGUUUAAGUUCACAGACACACACACGUACAAGGUGGAACGAGUCCUUACACACUGGACACUGAGCAUUGUAUAGCUUGAUUAAACUUCCUGUGAGGCCA